AUGGAGAGUUUGGAGAUGCUCAACCUUUCCCACAAUAAUCUUUCUGGCUUUAUUCCAACGAGUUUUGAAGACAUGAAUGGGUUGUCGUAUGUUUACAAUACUACGAUGACUUUGAGGGUCCCCUGCCCAACAGCAGUGCAUUUCGGAAUGCUCUUCCAGAAGCAUUGCAGGGGAACAAAGUACUGUGCGGCAACAUUGGAGCUCUACAAUCCUUGA